AUGAGCAGCAGGCCAAGGCCAACCUUUUUCUACAACUUCUUUGAACCAGAGGAACCACCUGAAGUAUACUACUUGAGAGUGGAGCAAGGUGGUCUGGAAACCAGAGAUCUGAUUGGAGAAUGGCCGGUUAAAAAGAUUCUGACUUCAAGAGACAUAAACUAUAGUCAAAUUGUACUGCCCAGGGAUCAAAUUGAAAACUCUAUACUUCCAAAAUUAAAUCCCGAAGAGCAGAACAUGAUUAACCGUGGCCAACAGUUGCCGAUUACGGUAAGAGACCUCGAAACCUUAACGGAGCAUGAGUUGAAGUUGUGGGAAAAUGGUUCUUCCUAUGUUCUUACUUCUGGGUGGAGUCCUUCUUUUGUGAGGCGUAGAGCACUGGAGAUUGGUGAAGAAAUAGGACUUUGUUGGGACGAGAGACUCCGGGUGCUUCGUUUUUCUGUGAUUAAUCGUCCACCUCCUCCUCCUUCUCCUUCUCCAGGUCGUUCAUAA